CACAAACAAAACAAUAAAAUUCAACAAUUCCUUACAAAAAAAAAAAAAAACACAGACACGAACAACUCGGAGUCCCAACACUGAAAUACUCAGCUUGCCGGAAAACGCCGCCGGAGUUAGUUAUCGGCCACCGGAAACAGUGAUAAAGUCAAACAGGUACUAUUUAAUUAUUUCAACGCGAUUCCAACGCGAUAUCCGCCCCUGCACCAUAGAGUUGCGUCGCAGCAGAGCAUUUCUCCACUUCGCACCGCGAUUCUCCGAUUGCGUGCUAAUGCGACGCGAUUAACAACAUAGAUAGUUGAAAAUGGUAGAUACUAUGUAAAUGCUUAGUUUCUUAUUGCAGUUUCCACAAUUGUUUUGGAAUUUUGAUGAAUCUGAAAUCUGAAUGUUGUUAUAGUAAUUAUGGAUUCUUCUGUUGUUAUGGGUAACUCAGUUCAAGAACCUAAUAAUGAAAUGGAAUUUGAAUCUCAUGAAGCUGCAUAUGCAUUUUACAAAGAAUAUGCUAAAUCUGUAGGGUUUGGUACUGCUAAAUUGAGCAGUCGCCGAUCUAGGGCAUCAAAGGAAUUUAUUGAUGCUAAAUUUUCAUGUAUAAGAUAUGGUAAUAAGCAACAAUCUGAUGAUGCAAUUAAUCCACGCCCUUCCCCGAAAAUCGGUUGUAAAGCUAGCAUGCAUGUUAAGAGAAGACAAGAUGGUAAAUGGUAUGUUUAUAGCUUUGUGAAGGAGCAUAAUCAUGAGCUUUUACCUGCUCAAGCUCAUUUCUUUCGAAGUCAUAGGAAUUCUGAUCCAUUAAGUAAUGAUGUUCGGAUGCGACGGAGGAAGAAUUCGACCCCAGGUAGUAAAUUAUUUAGUUCAUAUCAGAAUGUUGAUUGUUUAGAGAAUUUUAUGAUGAAACAUCAACAUGACAAAGGAAGAAGUUUGGUUUUAGAAGUAGGGCAUGCCCAAUUGCUUCUUGAACUCUUCAUGCACAUGCAGGAAGAAAAUCCAAAAUUCUUCUAUGCAGUUGAUUUGAACGAAGAGCAUCGACUUAGAAAUGUGUUCUGGGUUGAUUCUAAAGGUUUGGAAGAUUUUUCUUAUUUUUCCGAUGUUGUUUCUUUUGACACAACAUAUUUCACUAGCAAGUAUAAAAUACCAUUGGUACUUUUCAUUGGAGUUAACCAUCAUGUUCAACCAACGUUGCUUGGAUGUGCAUUGAUAGCUGAUGAGACAGUGUAUACUUACGCCUGGUUACUGCAAACUUGGUUUGUAGCAAUGGGGGAACGGGCUCCACAAGUGUUUCUGACUGACCAAAACGACGCUAUUAAAGCUGCUGUUGCUGCUGUUUUUCCCGGAACACGUCAUUGUUUUUGUUUGUGGCAUGUUUUGGAAAAGAUACCAAAACAGCUUGAAUUUUUAAGUACAUGGCAUGAUAGUUUUAUGGAAAAGUUCAACAAAUGUAUAUUUAAAUCAUGGACAGAGGAACAAUUUGAAAGGAGAUGGUGGAAGCUGGUUGACAGGUUUAAACUUAGAGAUGUUAAGUGGGUUCAAUCCUUGUAUGAUGAUCGUGCAUGUUGGGUGCCAACUUUUAUGAGGGAUAUUUCUUUUGUGGGCUUGUCUUCUAACUCACGCUCGGAAAUUUUAAAUUCUUUUUUUGACAAAUAUGUCCAAGUUGAUACUUCAUUAAGAGAAUUUAUAGAACAGUACCGACUGAUUCUUGAAGAUAGAAAUGAAGAGGAAGCCAAAGCAAAUUUUGAUGCUUGGCAUGAAACUCCUGAAUUAAAGUCUCCUUCCCCUUUUGAAAAACAACUGUUGUUAGUUUACACACAUGAAAUCUUUCAAAAGUUUCAGUUUGAGGUUUUAGGCGCUUCUGCUUGCCAUCUAAAGAAAGAAAAUGAUGGUGUAAUUACUACUUAUAAUGUGAAAGACUUUGAAAAUAUUCAGAACUACAUGGUAGAGUGGAACACAUCAAACUCAGAUAUAUGCUGUUCUUGUCACUUGUUUGAAUAUAAAGGUUACCUCUGUAGACAUGCAAUUGUCGUUCUACAAAUGUCUGGUGUUUUUAGCAUCCCAACAAAGUAUAUAUUGAAAAGAUGGACAAAUGCUGCUUUAAGUAGGCAUCCUAUUGGUGAAAAAUUGGAAGAGGUUCAGUCGAAGGUCCGGAGAUUUAACGAUUUAUGUAGACGAGCCAUAAUAUUGGGUGAAGAAGGUUCUUUAUCCCAAGAAAGUUACUAUAUUGCUUUAGAAGCCUUAAGUGAAGCUCUAAAGCAAUGUGCAAAUUUGAACAACUCUGUUGAGAAUGCAGCCUUAGCUACCCAUGUUGGUUGCAAUGUUGAAGAAGAGUAUCAAUCUAUUAUUGCAUCUAAUGAUAACGUCUCGGAUCCAAAAAUGAAUACGGGUAAGAAGGCUCUGAGGACUGGUGUGGCUAGUAGGAGUCUAGUAAGCGUUGAAACUGUUGAAGGAAAUAAAGGAAAGGUACCUCAGCUUGGAGCAGCAAGUGGUAACGAUGGUUUUCAACAAAUGGAGCCUACUGAUCUAAGGUCACAUAAUAUGAUGCCAAUGCAGUUUCACAGCAUGGUGCCGGUUCUGUUCCAUAAUGUUUCUUCUCCAUUUCACGCUGCAGCGUCAACUCAUUUGCAUGACAAUCAUCUUCCUCCUUAGCUGAAUGAAGAUGCUUAAAGGAUCCGAAAACCCCAUGUAUUGUACUGUACAUAAGAGACGCAACUUCUGAAAGGCACCAUACAUAUUCGACUCAAUAGUAUCUGCAAUUCUCAACUAGGUAUCUUACGCAACUUUGUUUGUGUUCGGUUGGGUUUGUGUAUUUGUGGCGUUAGAUACAAUUCAUUUGGGACUUAGAAUUACGGGGGGAAUACUUCUAGAAUAACGCACGUUACAAAAAUUAUUUUAAAAUCUUACAAUAGUUUUCAGUGAAAACAAAAUUCUUACAAUGGUUGAA